AUGUCUCAUUCUUCGAUUGACCCAGCUUUUGCAUCACAGCCUGUUUCUCGUGACGUGGACCGCCCAACUGGUACACAGCUGUUUAUUGACAACCUGGUUCACCGAUUCAACCUCACAAGCGACCACAGUGCAGAUCUCACUUUUCUUUAUCAGAUCUGUACAGCCGUGCCUGAAGAGCAACCUCCUUACACCGAAGUGAUAAGUCGAAUCAUGAUGUUGGCCUGCCAGUUUGGGGCCGAAGUUCGUCUGCAUAAAGCACUGACUGCCACGCAAACACAUCUACAAGGACUCGGGCAGCUGAGCAGUUUUUUGGCUGAUUAUGAGCUGCAAAAAGAUGAGAACUUUGUGUUAUCAAACGCACAAAAGCCCUCUAGACAGUCCUUUAAGACGCUUCACAUCGAUGUUGAGGCAAAGAUGAAAAAAAAGCCCGCAGACAAUUACCUUGACAACAUCCUGAAUCGGCUGGGACGUGAGGCCAAAUGGAUGGCGCAUAUACGAACCGUUUGCCCAAAGUUUACUUCUGUGCAAGAAUUUGCGGCGGGCCUCAUUGUGAAAUAUCGUCUGCCUACGUCAGAGUCUGGUGCAAAUUCCAACACAGCUUACCUCUCAAAACAUGUGUUAUUGCGGCGGUUUUUCUGGGACCAUUCAUCUACGUUUUCGGCCUUUGAACUUGAGAAGGAUGACAACAACUCAGAAGAGGAGAACAAUGACCAGGAUUUUGGAACACCAAGCACCGACAACUCUAGCGAUUCGGGUCAUUCUGCUACCAAAAAACGUAAAUUGCAAAAAACAAACAUUCCCGCUGGGAAAACUCGCGGUCGGGUGGCUGAUGGCGAAGACUAUUGGUCCAAAGUUGAUCAAUGGCUCAAGAGGCUUGACGAUGAGCUGGGAGAUAAUACAGCUGAGUUGAAACAGUCCGAGUUUUCUCUUGUAUUCUCAAUGAGUUAUGCUAAGCUUGUGAAUAGAUUUAUUGCUGAAUGUCUGGAGAUGGACUCUCUCAGGACCAAUAAAGGCUUAGAUUUCUCAAGCCACCCUUCCGAGCGCUCUUUUACCAGCCCUAGCAAUGUCACAUCCGACCCACAACCCACCACUAUACAGUCCUUUCCUUCCAAUUCUUCUUCGAGGCUGCCUGAACCUCAUUUAAAUUUUGGUAAUGCAAUUGCUCAAUUAUUUAGUGGUCCUUCAACAGGUAGACCUUUUUAG